CCGGAACUGUGUCACUGGCCGGAAACGACCACUGUGAAAGCGAACCUAAGCACCCACAGGAAGACGGGGACACUAAAAAAAUGACACGGGGCGGAAAAUAAUUCGGCCAAUAAUACCGUUUAAAACAGGGGAGAGUUGGUGCGGAGGACGGUUUGGGCGAAGUUAGGGAGUUAAGCGACGAGGAGCUGGUCUCUGGGUGACCGUUAGGCAACGAACCGAGCGGAAACUGGGUUUGGUUAACGGGGCGACAACAGAGCCGCCGUCGGGCCAAUGGAGAGGCCUUCGACACUGUUUUUCGACGGGAUGAGGAGGAAAAAUGACCUGCUAACCUGAAAUCGGAAACCGCCUUUGUGUACACGCACAUUUCGGCGCCUUUUUGUCUUCGCACAAGUUAUUUCAUGUCGUACUUUCAGAGCGGACUUGUCUGCACAUAAAACUUGUGUGUUUCGGUUGAACGCUGCAGCGAUGAAAGCGGAGCACGGUCUUUAUUUGGCUAGCUAGAUAGAUAGCUUGCUGGUUAGCGAGCGAACCAAGUGGGCGCCCAUGUUCACUUGACGGACUGUCUGGCUGGCAAAAAAUCACUUUUUUCUUAUCGCCUAAGUACGUUUUUCAAAAAUCAUUUCUUUGGACGCCGCCUCCCCCCAACCACCACCUCCUCCCCCCCACCACCCACCCCGCAUAGCACACAUACACGAUACUUUAACGUUUUUUAAAGGCGAAAUGAAUGAAAUUUUAACUUUUUAAAAAUCCCGCUUGAGUUAUUAAUGUUGUUUUUAAACGCAUUUGUGCGCUUUCGAGGGAUGUGAAAGGCUCUUCCUUCCCUCGUUGCCUUCCGCACUGAGAAAUUUCUCGUUGGAGUUGGAGUACAGAGAUUCAACACUUCAGCCCUCGGUGAGGCUGCAGAUGGCAGACAGAAAGAAGAACUUGGUCAUAUCACUUUUCUGUGCUCCUGGUCUUCCAGCCUGGACUUACAGAAUUUAGAUCCAUCCAGUGGACAGUCUUACCUUUUACCUUAUCACUUUGAAUUGAACAGAAUUGGAAAGACAACAUUUUAAGGAACACACAAAUGGGGACCAUUUCUGUGAAUGCCUGUGACAUAAAUAAGUAAGAGAACAUUCCCUCACCGCAGAAAAGGAACGGGAAGGAACCAGAGGAACACCCCUCAACAGUGAGAGGGAAAUGUUCCAGUUUGGAAAGUACCCUAUGGACAUUUUAGAAAUGCUUAGUGGACACCAGGCUCACCAGUUCAAAGGCCUGGGGCUGGAAAGGCAGCUGCAGCACCAACAGCAGGUUCAACUUCAACACCAGCAGCAGCUUCAGCAACAACAGCAACAACAGGGUGAGGCCUCUGGCACACUCCUUUCUGGACUGGGCUUAGGCUCUCUUCAAGGAUCGAGAAGUAAUGCAUUUUCAGAUUCUUCAUCUAUCUUUGCCAAAAUGAGUGCACCACCCCCACCUAUCCCACAGCAAACUCAGUCCUCUUCGUCACAAAGCUCACGCAAGUCUAGCAAGAUGAGCAGCAGCAGCAGCAGUGGCAGUGCGAGUGGGACUUCAGCUUCUGGCUAUCCACAAUUCUUACGUCCCUUUCAUCCUGCAGAGGCUGCUCUAGCGCAGGAGCAACUUCACUCAGGGAUGGGACGAUUUGAUUUCGCAGGAGGAGGUAGUAGUGGUGGUUCUGGAGUACUUGGAGGAGUUGUAACAUCUGCUCCUCCCCCACCACCCUUGCACCCUGGCCUCUCUGUGCCUCAGCCAUCCCCUGGACCAUCUUCUUCAUCGCCUUCUCCCUCUAGUUCAACCACCACAUCCAAUAACCCGCCUAGCAGUAGCAGUACAGUGGCUGGACUGGUUGGAGCCCAGUCUGAUGCUCGAAGUUUACACCAGCAAUUUAGUUGCAUGCUUGCAGCCAACCAGUACUUCCUGUCUGGAGUACCUGCCAAUGCCAGCUUGGAACAGUUUCUAGUUCAGCAGGGCCCCCAUAACCAUCUUGGUCUUUCAGACUCAAACACAGGUCUUGCUCCUCCCCCAGCUCUUCACCCAUCUCACACGCAUGGUCACCCAGCCCCUCAGCCUCAGCAGCAGCAGCAACAGCUACCACCUCAUGCCUUGUCUCACCCCCACAGCCAUGCCCACCCACACCACCCUCUUCACCCUGCACCCCAGCCAUCACCUCUUGGUGGGUUUGAUUUUCAAGGUAUCCCUGUUCUUUCCUCCAAUCAGCUAGCUUCUCUAAUGCAACAGGAAGCUGGUCUUCCUCUCCCACUCCCACUUCAUCUUUCUGUCCCAAAGGAUGAUGGGAAGGGGGAUGGUGGAUCUGGGGCUGGAGGAAGCGGAGGUAGCGGCAGCAGGAGAAAGAAAGCAAUGGCUGGUUACCUCCCCCAGAGGAAGACCGACGGUAGCAGUAGCAGUAGUGGAAGCAGUGCUAACUGCCACAGCAGCUCUGGUGCACAUAGUCAUGAUGGGUCUUCUGGCCUUGUUGGAGGAGGUGGAGGGGUUGGCAUGAGGGGUCUUGGUGGUGACCCCUCCUCCAUCCUCUCCUCUUCAACACCAUCCUCCUCCUCUUCUUCAACUGUCUCUUCCUCCUCUUCCUCUGCCCCGUCCUCAAACUCUGCCUCUGUUUUAGUAACAAAUGUUUCACAGAUGCCCAAAACUGAUAAUCAAUCCGCCAUGACUCCUACUGUUACACAGCCUGAGCCAGAGCCUCUUUAUCACUGUAGAGAAUGUGGCAAAACAUUCACACACCUCCCCAGUCUCCGUAGACACAUACGCAGCCAUGAAGGAGAAGUUAAUGAUCCCAAUAGCAGUGCUAACCCAAACCCUAAUACAAGCCACCAGCAUCAGUCAGAUACAAGUCUCCCUCACUCAACUCAGGAUGGCAUACCUCACCAAAAUGCCCAUCAUCAACAUGAGCAGAAUCAGCAACAGUCCAACCCAGACCUCGCUUCUUCCUCAUGCCCAAGUCCAGACAAGUCUUACUGUUGCGAUGAAUGCGGUAAAGGUUUCAAGAAAAGAGGACAUCUCCUUCAGCAUGGUGUUAUCCAUUCUGGAGCACGUCCAUAUGCUUGUUCUACCUGUGAGAGAUCUUUUAACCGUCGUGAAUCUCUCACUCGACAUGAGAAAAUUCAUGAAGAUAAGCCUUACCGCUGUCCGGCUUGUGGCCGCUGCUUUAGAGAGAGCACUUCUUUGCUUAACCAUGCUGCCUCUGGCUCAUGUGACAAACCAGGAAGGGGUUCAAGAUCUAGAAGCAGUGAUGGCAGCAGCUCAGUGAGUUCAGAAGGCAAGGUGGAAAGUGAUUUCCAAGGUCUAGGAGAUGAAAAAGGUUUGGGAUAUGAGAAAACUGAGGGAAGUGGAGCAGAAAUGUCCUGUGAUGCCCUGUAUCAACAGGAAAGAGGAAAUCCCAACACUGGUAUCAAAACAGAGGGCAAAUAUAAUUCAGCAUAUUCAAGAGAUCUCUACCAAACAUCCUACAGGGUUGAUGACUAUCGUCGGCCACAGGGUAAUCCGACAUCAUAUUCUGGAGAUGGCUCUUGUAGUAACAACAUGUCAGGCCCUGCCCUCAGAAAAGCUCCCUUGGCUCCAACACUUCACCCACACCCUGCAAAUCAGCAACAACAUCACCACCACCAACAGCAGCCUCAUCUUCCACUCUCUUCUCUCUUAGAUGACUCUGAAGAUGAAGUCACUAGUAGUGCCAUGUCUGCAAUCGCUGCAGCUGCUGCUGCCUCUGUCUUGCCUGCUGAAAUGAACACCAGUGGAGGACGAGAGGAACGAAGGGACAUAAUAGGGGGGUUGUUAGGAGGGCUUGGAUUUGGGUCUAUGAGUGGCCCAUCAUCGACUUCUGCAGGAAAUGGAGGGAACGAAGAGUGCUUGAAUGGAUCCAUGAUGCCCUUGUCUCAUCCUGCUCAGCAGCAGCAGCAGCAGCAGCAGCAGCAGCCUAAUUCACAAAAUGCCACAUCAGAUGCCAAACCGAAGCGGCCACGUAAGCCUAGACAAAAAAGGGAACCAAGACCUGGUGGUAUCCCUGGAGAGGGUGUGAAACGUCGGAGAAAUAACCAGAAUGGGGCUCGUGGGGAUGGCUCUGAACGGCCUUAUUUAUGCACUGUUUGUGGACGCGGCUUUGGCAGACGUGAAACCCUGCGCAGGCAUGAACGUGUUCAUACAGGGGAGAAACCAUUCCAUUGUGAUGUCUGUGGCAAAGAUUUUCGAGAACCUUUCCAUCUCACUAAACAUCAGACUGUUCAUUCAGGGGAGAAGAACUACAAAUGUUCCCUUUGUGGAAAAGAUUUUGGCUAUGCGCAAAGUCUGAAAAGACAUGAAAAGCUGCACCUAAGAGGGGAUUUCAAGCCAAGAAGGAGUAAAACUAAGUCUUCUGCAAACCGUGGAACAGCCAAUCAAGAAAGCAGUCAAACAAACACUGGUUCUUAUUACCCUUAUCCUCAGGAUAAAGCUCAAGAAUCUAGUGCUAGCACAUCAAACCAGCCUCCUCCUAGGCUGUACACAUGUGAAAUUUGUUGGAAGUCUUUUCGCCAUCACUUCCACUUGACUGCCCAUCACCAAGCUAUCCAUGAGCAUGGGGGGGAGAAACUUUUCUCAUGCGAGGUUUGCGGGAAAGCCUUUGCUUACUCCAACAGCCUCACAAGACAUAGAUUAUCACAGCAUGGGUUGGCACGCGCUGGACCAGCCACCCAAACAACAGGAAGUGGAUCGAGUGGAAAUACUACAUCCCUAACCGAAAGUGAAGCUGCCACCAAUGCUCUACUUCAUCUGACUCCGGACAGCGGAGGCCAUGGUGUACAGCAAACACAUUCGACUAUCUCCCAUACACAGCAUCUUCACUCUCAACCUGCCGGCUAUUCUCCUCUAUUCUACACACCAGAAUCAGCUCAUAAUACAAAUACCAGUGCCCCUUCACACUCCCAACACCCACACUACUCGCAUCCUACUGUAGGGCCCCUCCCCCAUCAACAGCCAGUAACUGGGAAGGGGCAGCAAAUUUAUUCAGGGGUUACGGGAAACCCCAUUCAUUCUGCGCCUCCUCAUGUCCAUAUUUCUUCCUCUUCACUGUCUCAACACCAGCAGCAGCAGCAGCAACAGCAGCCGCAACAACAGUCCUCUUUUGAGAUGCUGCCACCGCAUUUGCAACAUCCAGUUGUUCCAAUGCCUGAUGUUGCCCAGAAAAAGAGAAAAAAAUUAGAUUAGUCAGUGGGGGGCAGCUGGUGAGGGAGUUCACCGAUUUUGAAAAUGCUCAAAGGCAUAGAUUUUUAAAAAGAAAGAAACGUAGGCUUCAGCAUCAGCUUAAAGUGAAAAAGUGGAUA